UUAAAGAGAGCGAGAAAGAGAGAGAAAUGGGGGAGUGGUGGGAGAGAGAGGGAGCGAAAAAGAGUGUGAAAGGCUCUACACGGCAGAAUAUAAAUCUGUAUGUUAACGGGACUAAAGCCGGAGGUCUCGAAGCGGUUUUAGUGGUUAUGCUGGUGGGGGGUAGCCAUAAAGCGUCAAGAGGUGGUCUUCCCAAUUAACAGAGGAUCUGUACACAUGAGGAAGUGGAACCCGUUGAAGCUGUGAACGCCGGUUGUCAAGCACAGUGGUGGUUCAAUUUUUCUGACCACCUCAUUUUCAUUUCUGGAAGAAAAGAGAACAACAAAACAGACACGAGAGCAAAAGGAAGGUGGCAGCAAGGGACCAGUGAGCCAUUUCUCUCUUUAUUACCUCCAUUCACAAAACCAUUGCAUCCCAUUAUCACAGCGAUGUAGAGGCAUUCUCUCCGAUUGGAGGAGGAAGGGUCCCAUUGACUGCUGAGGCUUAGCACCUCUGUCCAAGCGCUAGCCCUUUUCAUUGUAGUCCCUGCACCCCUCUUGUUUCUCGCCUCUAUCCUUGCAUCUAGUAUUUUCUCUGUUCUUCUCUCUUGUCUUGUCCCUUGAAUUCUUGUCCAUUUUCACACCACUCAGGAAUCAAGAGGCAUUGCAUUUUGGUCAAGUGGGUGUUUCUGGAGCUCUCAUUGUGUUUGGUGCCGUUACAAAGCACAGCUGAGCAGGGAGUGAGAGAGACGGCUUUGGAGAUAAUAAAAUAGCACCCUGAAAGAAAAGGGAGGGGGAUCUGGGACUAAAGAAACAGCUGGCAACCCCUGGAAGGUGAAUUGUGAUGAAGAAAAAACUGUUACAGAGACCGACAACCAUUUUAAGGUAGCUGUUUAUUGAGACCGUUGCCACUUCUAGAGGGAAUAAAGAAGCAGUGUGCCAAACCAACACUGCCAGUUGAAUUCUGCUCUUGCUGUUGCUAAGCAAAGUCUCUAACCUGAAGUUCUUGGAGGGCAUCACUCUACAGCAAUGAAAGGAAGCUCAGAGGAAAGCAUUGAAAGCAUCAGGCCCUCCAACCUGCAGACUUUUGCUAACACAUCCACCCUCCAUGGCAUGAGCCACAUAUUCGCCUAUGGGCAUAUGACAUUCCGUCGGAUCCUUUGGACUCUUUCAUUCCUGGGUUCACUAGCCUUAUUGAUGCUGGUCUGCAUGGAUCGAGUGUCUUAUUACCUGGAGUAUCCUCAUGUCACCAAGCUGGAUGAGGUAGCGGCAACAAAUCUGACCUUUCCAGAAGUUACCUUCUGUAACCUCAAUGAGUUCCGCUUCUCCAAAAUCACCAAAAAUGAUCUGUAUCAUGUGGGAGAGCUCCUGGCCCUCCUCAAUAAUAACUACCAAAUAGCCAACCCACACUUGGCUGAGCCCGAAGUUCUGGCUGUCUUAAAGGAAAAGGCAAACUUCCAGAACUUCAAACCAAAACUGUUCAACAUGACCGAUUUCUAUAACCGCACAGGUCAUGAUAUCACUGAUAUGCUGCUGCAGUGCACUUUUCGAGGAGAGGAUUGCUACCCAGUGAACUUCACCACAAUUUACACACGCUACGGGAAAUGCUACACUUUCAACUCUGGAUUAGACGGCAACCCUUUGUUAACCACGUUAAAAGGUGGCAUGGGGAAUGGCUUGGAGAUCAUGUUGGAUAUUCAGCAAGAUGAAUACCUGCCUGUUUGGGCAGAGACAGAUGAGACCUCCUACGAAGCAGGCAUCAAGGUUCAGAUCCACAGCCAGGAUGAGCCACCCUUCAUUGACCAACUGGGAUUUGGUGUGGCCCCUGGUUUUCAAACUUUUGUGUCAUGUCAGCAGCAACAGCUUGAGUACCUCCCUCCACCGUGGGGAGAUUGUAAGUCUACUCCCAUAGAAUCUGAAUACUUCUCCACAUACAGCAUCACUGCCUGCCGCAUCGACUGUGAAACCCGGUACCUGCUGGAGAACUGCAACUGCAGGAUGGUACACAUGCCGGGGACCACAACGGUUUGCACACCUGAGCUGUACAAAGACUGUGCUGACCCAGCUUUAGGCUUUUUGGUAGAGAAAGACAACAAAUACUGUGACUGUCAGACCCCCUGCAAGAUGACACGGUAUGGCAAGGAGCUGUCCAUGGUUAAGAUCCCCAGUAAGGCAUCUGCUAAAUAUCUGGCUAAGAAAUUCAACAAAACUGAGCAAUAUAUUGCAGAAAAUAUCUUGGUCUUGGACAUCUUCUUUGAAGCUCUGAAUUAUGAGAAGAUUGAGCAGAAGAAGGCCUAUGAAAUUGCAGGGCUGCUUGGUGACAUUGGAGGCCAGAUGGGGCUGUUUAUUGGAGCCAGUGUUUUAACAAUACUGGAAAUAUUUGACUACCUAUAUGAGGUGUUUAAGGAUAAGGUUUUGGGUUACUUCACACGCAAGAAAGGCCCACAGCGUUGUCAGAGCGACAAUCUGGAGUUUCCAGAGAACCCAACCAGCCCUGGUGUCACGCCUAAUCAUGCCCCCAGAGCACCUGUGACACCCUCCGGAGUCACUCGGACAGUCUCGGAUUCACGCCGAACAUGUUACCUCGUCACCCGACUCUAGGCAACUUUGAGGAGUUUGCUUGUUGACAACAUAAAUUAGAGGGUUAAGGUUGGGGUGACGCAUAUAGGGACUUGACAGCAAACUGUGAAAUUAUUCAACAGAAAAAAAAGGUUGAGUGUAUAACUCAGAAACACAUAAUAGAGUUUAUCAAUGCCUGAAUAGAAAUAGAAUACUAUCAUCAGACAAAAAAAAAAAACACUUCCAAAACAGAACUCAGGUUUAACUGCCAUGUCAAGGCAUCACUGUUAAUUUAUGUACAUUUCACUUUGUAAAUUUGUUUUUCUUAUUCAGUCAUUAUAGUAUACAAUCAGUGAAGAUAGAAUUGUGUCCAAAAAGUGAUCCUGGCCUGUGUUACACUGACCUACGCAGUACUGUUGUGCUGUUUUUGUUGUAUAACAAGCAAAAGUAAAAAAAAAAAUAAAAAAAAGUGGAUUUGUAUGUGUAGCAGUUUAUCAGUGUUGCAUCCCCAGUAUCUAACCCAUGUUAUACUGAGUGACCUUAUACCUGUCACCAGUUGGAACAGAAGAACCUUUUUGGAAAUGUGCUUGAGUUCAGUGAGCUAGUUGUUGGUGAAAAGAGCCGCUCAUACCUGAAUCAAAACACUUGAUUAGUGUUUAAUGUUGCCUUCUGCCACUAUGAGGCUUUGAAUUAGAUAACUGUGCUUAUUCGAUUUAAAAACAAAAGACGAACUUUAUUAUUUUUAUAUAUGCAGGUUUUGUUCCAUGUGGAUCCUGGGAUGACAGAAGCUACUGAGACUCCAGGCAAUUUUUACACAUAGAACGGGUUUUAAAAAAGGAACCUGGAAGGCAAAUAAAAAGGCUGUUGAUUGUACCUACAUGUCUUUAUAUAACUGAUUUCAUUUUUCAGUGUUUCACAUUUUCUGAGAUAGUGUGGCCAUGCUGACUGUCACAAAAUCCGCUUGCUAAGUGGUGAUGUAAAGUUCUGUUUCUGGUGUUUCGAGAUCUGUGCCCCGUCAAGAUGUGUUUCCCCAAAGCUGAACCCUAGCCUUAUCCUAGUCAUAACCACAGAUGGGGGCGCUACUCAAAACACAGUUUUAACGGGGAAACACGUCGUGACAGGGAAGAAAUAUCGAUACAACACCAGGUCAGACCCAAAUGGCGCAGCCUGUUACCCUCUACACACUAACAUCUUCUUCUUCUUCUUUUUAACUUGGCAAGCCAUCACUGACUUUAUUCGUAAGAUUCAAAUAGUGUAGUCAGUGUUGGUGGCAUAAUAACCAAACUUUGUCAUGUUGUGGUACAGUGCCUUGCGAAAGUAUUCGGCCCCCUUGAACUUUGCGACCUUUUGCCA